GACGAACCGUUUGAUGAGUUGAAGCUAUACUUAGACUCCUAUGAGAAGUUUGAGGACAUGUCUCGCAAAGAGUUAUCUCACACACCAUUUCUGGUCAUUCUUCACAAAUAUCUCCUCAAAUGGAGACAACACUUGAAUCGCAGCGCAAAAGAAUUGCCCAAAACUUUUAAGGAGAAGAACGAACUAAAGAAAUUGAUUCGCGAAGACAUGGAUGCGCUGAGAGAGCAUCUGAAGAGUAAGUCAGAUGAGGAGGAAUCCAAAGAACUCGAUCUCGAGAACUUCGAAGAGGCCAUGAAAGCCAUGAACACCGUAUUAAUCGCUUCCGAUUACAUUCCGUCCGAAAUUCAGUUACUUCUCAACGACUCGAGAGUCACGUCCAGUGAAUCCAAUGACACGUCGUUCUGGCUGUUAGUCAAAGCACUCAAACAAUUUGUCGAUCAAAACAAAUGUCUGCCUCUGAGGGGAACCAUUCCGGACAUGACCUCCGAGUCGACUAAAUAUAUAGAAUUGCAACGAAUUUAUCGCUCGAAAGCCGCCGAAGACGCCGAAAGUGUUUACAAUAUCUUACAGACACUCCCUCGGGCACACACUCUGACGGUCACCGAAAGUGAAGUGAAUCUCUUCUGCAAAAACGCUCACUAUUUGCGAGUCAUCCGCACCUCACGUAUAGACACCGAACUCAGUGGCCAUCGAUUGAAACAAAUCGCCAAUACUAUCGGAAUCGCUGACGACGACACCGAAGACGACGAACUCCGGUAUUAUCUGCUCAUGAGAUUAGUCGACAAAUUCUACUCAUUUCACAACCGAUUCCCCGGUGAACGCAAUGAUGAGGUCGAGAGCGACGUCUCUGUGCUUAAGACGUAUCUCAAAGAGAUUUCCAGUGAUUUUGGAUCUAAUUCUGUAGUGAAGGACGACUUGAUCCAUGAAAUUUGUCGUUACGGCGGCUCUCAAUUGCAUUCAAUCUCUGCAUUCAUCGCCGGUUGUGCCGCACAAGAAGUGAUCAAAAUCCUCACCUCACAGUACACUCCCAUUGAUAACACGUUUGUCUACAAUGGCAUGACUUCUGUGUCCAAGACUUACAAACUUUAAAUGUAAUCCUCUGUCGGACAAUAUUGAUAUAAUUACAUAAAUUUGCAAUUAAUUAAAAACUUG